CAGGAGGCGUAGCUUCGUUGUUUUUAAUAUGAUAAUGAAAAUAGUCCAUUAAGGGCAGCGCUGUGACUGAGUUUGCGAGUGAACAUGAAUGACGAUUGUGUUGUACUGUAAGAAAGAGAGGAAUAUCGUCAUCACUACUCGUAUGCUUUGGCUUUCAUCCGGGCGGAAAAUAAUAGCUGGCGAGGACGGACAUCACGAGGGCAGAGCAGCAGGCAGAAGUCAGUUUACACCCCAGUGUACAUGAAAUGAGAAAUGUUAGUUUCUUUCAUUUUUAACCUGACCCGGGUGGAGUAUGCGAAUAAUGGACAUAUGAAAACCUGCCCUCGCCUAAAUUGUGCUUUCGGUUUUAAUUCAAUGCAGACGAAUAUUUAACAUUCUUUACUGUUGACGGGACACGCCAAAAAUCUCGUCGAGGUUGACCGACAAACCCCUUAGCCGCCUUCUUACCAAUGCUGCCGUGUUUGCGAAGCGCCUUGCGGCCGAGCGUCGCUAUGCUGCGGCGCGUCAGUGUUGCCGUUCCGCGGGUCCACGGCUGCGGUCUGGGCACACAUCCCCACAAGGAGCCGAUGGAGCCGCUGAACUCUGCGCAGGGCGCUCGCGAAUUCAUCUACAGCCUGCAUCCCACUGAGCGCACGUGCCUGCUGCGAGAACUGCACAGGUUUGAGUCUAUGGCCAUAGCUCAAGUCCGAGCUCCCCCUCCACAAAGCUCAUCGGCAGAUGAAGAGCAACUAGAGGUUUCACCGCCGACAUCUGCACAGCUAAGAUAUGUGCUGCUCCAUAAUGCCAUACCAUUUGUCGGGUUCGGCUUCUUGGAUAAUGCCAUCAUGAUAGUUGCAGGCACCCAGAUUGAAUUAUCUAUAGGAGUCAUACUGGGCAUCUCAACCAUGGCUGCUGCUGCUCUUGGUAAUCUGGUAUCAGACUUGGCUGGACUCGGUCUUGCAGGUUAUGUUGAAGCAUUGGCCUGUAGGCUGGGUAUGCAGAUUCCUGACCUGAGUCCCAAACAGGCAGACAUGUGGCAGACCAGAGUUAGUUCUCACAUGGGCAAAGCCAUCGGUGUGGCCAUCGGCUGUAUAUUCGGCAUGUUUCCUCUACUCUUCUUCAAAGAUGACAAAGAGAAAGAAGGCAAAGAAAAGCAACCAGCUUCCAAUGACUCCAAAAGUGCGUGAGGAUCCUCUGCGUAAGGAGGAGUCUCACAUAAAAACUCAAGUGAAGAACAAACUAACAGUCAGGCUCCUCAUGCCAACGGCUGCAACAGAUGAAUCUAGCUAUCUGACAGCAAGUGCAUGAGAUUUUCAUCUGUUAAUUGUGUUAAACCUCCUCGCAGCAAUGCACAAAUUAAUCCGGAGAGAAGCAGAGCGUCUAACUGCAUUUAAAUGGGUUUUUAAUUGUGAUAUAAUAGUUUUAUUUUAGUCUUAUUAGAAGUGUGGUGUUAGGAGACCACUGUAUCUAUAGUAUAAAGUAGUAUUACGUAGUAAAUAUUAUGUUAACUUGACCUUCCAUCGAUGUCCCAGUAACGCAGAAAUCCUCAUAGGCCACUUAUUAUUGUGUGCUGUCUAAGACAUUUAUGAAGAGAGACUCAUGAAGGCUGGUUUGGGUGCACAACAGUUUGUUUGUAAGAUAAUGUAUUUUGCAGAUGGCCUGGUAAUGUUGUGUAAACUUACGGCAACAAUAUCAGAAUCUUAGAGAAGUAUUUCUACAAAAGUUCUCACACUACACAAAUUUCGUUGUCGGUGUUCAAGUAUGCUAAACACAUAAACUCACAAUCUUAUAUUUCACACUCAGAACAAGCAAAAAAAUUAGCACACACAAGUUCUUGUCUAGCAUUUGUUUUAUUCACGUUUAAUAUGCCUUUUUUGUCUUUAACCAUUUAAAUCUCACAACAUUACACUAAGCUUGAUAAAAGAUGCUUUCUCUCCCCGCCAACAGUUGGCAGCAUUGAGUCAUGUUGCAGAAUUUCCAUUCUUGAUCAUUCUUAAUGCAGGUACAGUUUCCAUCAAUGCAUUUUAACAUUAAAAUUUCUUAUGUAGACUAAUGCUAACUGAUUUGAUUGGGAGACUUUGAUGUAAUUGACUUAUAACAUGUUAACCAAUUAACCAAAACACAGGAUAUGCCAGCUGCUUUGAAAUUUUUGAGAAAUGUUGUCAGCUCGAGUCUGGGAGAGUUUUUACACACACAAAUUAUUUGUUGCAUUUUUUUUGUAGUUGCUAUAUGUUUUUGUGUUCACCGGCUGGUUGUUUGAUUUAUUUUGGUUAUACUUUUUUGUCUAAAUUUAACACUGAAAGUCCACAUGAAACAACAUAUUUGUUUCGCAUUGUAUGGCUUUCACAACUUAUUUUACUCUCUUAAUGUUUGAAGCAUGAUAGAUAAAUGGUGGGAUUUUAUCAAUCAGAAAGUGUUUGGAUUGUGAGAAGUGACAGAUACACUGCAAAAAAUGAUUUUCAAUAAAAAAAAUUGUAUUUUUGUCUUGUUUUCAGUAAAAAUAUCUAAAAAUUCUUAAAUCAAGAUGCCUUUUCUUGAUGAGCAAAAUGACCAAAGAAAAUAAGUGUAGUUUUUAGACCAUAAAUAUCAAAUUUAAGUUAUUUUGGGCAUAAAAUGAGCAAAAAAUCUGCCAAUGGGGUAAGCAAAUAAAUCUUGAAAAUUUUUCUUAAACACUAAAUUCAAGAAAAAUUUGCUUACCCCAUUGGCAGAUUUGUUUUUUUGCUUGUUUUAUGCACAAAAUCACUUAAAUUUGAUAUUUUUGGUCUAAAAACUAGAUUUAUUUUCUUAUCAAGAAUUUAUUUGCUCAUCAAGAAAAAGCAUCUUAAUUUAAGAAUAUUUAUCAUUUUUGGCUUGUUUUCAGUAAAAAUAUCUAAGAAUUUUUUCUUGAAAAUCAUUUUUUGCAGUGUAGUUGGAGUGGAGGAAAAAGAAUUUGGUGACGUUGUGAUUCUGCUAAAAGAUUAUGAUGUGAUAAAAUAUAAUUUUAAUAAUAAUGUGCACUAAGAAGUCAUUUUUAAUAAGACAUAAGUACAAUAAUGAGUGAAAAGUGUAGUAUUUUUAAAAUGAUUAUGCUAUCAACAGUUUUCUUUUAAAGGCCCCAUGAAAUUAAAAUUAUUUCUUUUCCUUUUAGUAUAAAUACGUAUGGUCCAAAACAUGGACAAAAUUCUCAUACAGAAGAUAUAAGCAUUCAAAACCUACAGUUUGGCACAAACGCUAAAAAAGUCUUGGAUUUUAUGACAUCAUAUGUGACAUACACUUCAGAGGGCACCUAUUAUGCAAAAUCCAUGUUUACACAACCACCCUACGAUAAAAAAGUCCACCCGCUCCCUAUUUUUUAAUCCUCAUUAAACCAAAGCAGUCUCAUUAGACAUGCCGUUUUGAUCCUCUUAUCAAUAUGAGGUCACAUUGAUGUAGCCCCACCCACUAACAGUCCUGCAUUACCAUAAUUCCACCCUCAGUGAGUUGUACUCUGUCCACUAGAUACUAUUGUCUCAGACUGUAUUAAUCAGAUCUAUUUGAACUGAAAGUGCUCACUGUCUGUUUGUAAGGAAGUGAGGAGCUGUAGCUCAUUUGCAUUUACAGCACUUUUUUUGCCCCCAUCCAAUUAGGAUCAUUUUGGACAUUGGCUAUAUAAUAAAUGAUCUGUGAGGUGUUUCGAGCUCAAACUUCACAGACACUUUCUGGACAGCCUGAAGAUUUAUAUUACAUCUUGUAAAAAGGCCAUAAUAGGUGCCCUUUAACUUCUCAUCAAAUCAGAUGCUCUUCAGAUGCUAAAGCGUCCGCCCCAUACAUUUUGUUACACGACGUUCAGUUUAACUGACGUCACCACAUCAAAUUAUGCUGCACACAUUCCAGGGCACUUAAGUUGGCCUUUAAUUUUACAUUAAGAUGAAGCGUUCCCAUACUCCACAUCCUCUAUGAGCACAGCAGCAUCUGAACCUUGUAACCGGUGUAACCAUGGCAACAGUCCAUCUCUUCAUUUAGAGAGACACAUUACUUUGAGCUGUGGUAGCACCAUGCGGGUUGGUCUAAAAAUAAUCCGAUUUUUAUAUCAUUUAAGGGUUUGAGAUGAAGCAAGCACAAACACUUUUUGCUAGCAUGACAAACUGUUGUGCAUGCGUGUCGUUCUCAGUUGUAGAGUCAAAGAUCAAUGGGAUCGCCACAUGAUGGUGAUGUUACCAAAUACUGGAAAAUAUGAUGAUGUAUAAUAUUAAACUGAUUCUGUUUGAUUUGUCCUGUAUUGAUAACAGUCAAACGUAAACCAUUUUUAACUAUGCAUUAUGAUAGAUGAAGAAAAUGGAAGGAGAGCUUUUAUACCUCCGUGCAUGUCAGAUUUAUUUAUUUAUGUUUUUAGAAAAUAAUCAGUAGUAAUUUAAUGCUAUUAUUGUUUAGGUUAUUAUUGUUUAAACUUAUUUGCAUGUUUGCAUUAAAACUUUAUGUUGCACUGAAUAAAUUAGCAUCGUGUCUUUAAAGAAUGCAGAAGGUAACAAACAAAAAUCACAUUUUUUUUAAACUGUAAACUAUUGCUGACAAAUUUGUUUGAUUGAUGAUUCAUUACAUGUCUGCCUACAUUUCCUAAACAGCUAAAUAAACUUAAUGAAUGGUAUAA